AUGGAUCACGCAUCCAGCCACUCCUCCUCUGCACCUGCUACUACCUACUACCAACCUGUCCCAUACCGAGAGACACAGGGUCAUGAGGAAGAAGAGAGCCAGCAGGCUAAUCUAGAUCCGAUAACAAGCGAGCCUGACACUUCUGAGAACGAAAAUGGGGAUCCACAGGGUAGUGAAAUGCCGCGAAUGGAGCGCCACGGCCUCGACUUGGCCACGAUCCUCGGAGACGUGGCCGCCGUUGCAUCACCAGUUGCCCUCAUCGUCUUCGCAGUCAUGGUUUUAUGUAUUGACGGUUCAGAAGCCAGCGAGACUUCUUAUGCGAAAUGGAACAACGCGACCACCGUACUCGGUACACUAUUCCCCAUCAUCUUUGCCUCCACGUGCGUUACUCUUAACUCCAACGACAGCCAAGACAGACAGUAUGGAUCUCUGGGGAAACGUCAAGAUCCCUUUCAGGUCAGCAACUUGGUUCAAGCAUACACGAUAUCUAAGCCCUGGAUCACUCUCUGCUUCGUGUCAUGCAUCGUGCUUCUGUGCAGUGGUGUGCUCAGCGUGGUCUUCGCUCAUCUUGCUGACAGUCCUGAGAUUCUCGGCUAUGCUUCGACAGCCGUGCGGGACUCCAAGUUCCUCGAGUUGUGGCCUGAAGUUGGAGGCAUGGCGGCAAUAGAUAUCACGAAGAUGAUGAGAGGCGAGCGACUCCGGUAUGGGAUCACGCAUCUGACGAGAAAGGGGCAACGGCUGUUGGGAGUCGGUCGAGAAGCAGAGACGGAAGAGAUCAAGGACAGGUUCGUUUGA